AUGUCGGAUGGUGGCGAUUCAGAUGGUGCAUUUGAUGGUUUUCAUGCUAAUGCUGCCUAUGAAUUUGACCUCUUCGGCGAUGACUACGAAAGUAGUUUUGAUCCUGUUGAUCAGCAUUUCGAUGAUCGUUCACCUCCGGAUGUUGGACAGACCGAUAGCAGAUCCAGGGUUAGCACAUGUUGGCGAUGCUACAGUUGCAAUGCUGACAACUAUACUUGGUCGACCUCCCACAGCAAGUGGACAUGCAUGGUUUGUGGCUCAGAUGAGUUCUAUGAUGUGACUCAGCCACGUCGGCAUGAGACACAGGAUGGAUGUUGGUUGCACCUGCCCAAGGCCAAUUCAGAUGACAAGCAAUCGACAAUUUCAGAACAUGCACCGCCGGAUGACUCUUGGAACGGCGACGGCGAAAGGAACGACAGUGAGGGACAUACUACUGAUCCAAUUGUUGAUCCUGACACGCUGUCAGUUCAGGGACGUCGACGGCGACGAAGAGCGCGACGAACGAAUCAAACACCGGACACGGAAGCGCCACAGUUGAAUAACAAUACGUCAGCCGGAAACGAUCAAAUUGUGGAUUUGUUAACACAACUGGUGGCGAAUCAGAACAAAAAGAGUGACAGCAGCAGUGCAUCAUGGACAUCGAGACAGGGCCCAUUCAAAGGGGUUCGAUGGCGAGGCGGCACACCGCCAUCUCCGCCAGCUUGGAGGAACUCCAACGACCUGAGAGCCUUUGCACGUUGGGAGCGCAAGAUCGACGUGUGGAGCAUGCAGAUUAAGCCCUUCAUGCCCAUGUCAGAUGCUGCAUUGAUGUUGUUCACUUCACUAACUGGCGAAGCAGAGUUGGAAACAGAACACUUGGACAUCAACAAGAUCAAUUCAUCCGAUGGCAUCAAGUAUCUCAUGGAUUCAUUGAGGGAACCCCUGCAGCAGAAGCUGCUUUUCCAGAAGCGCAAACUGCUGGCUGACUACGAACAGAUUGCCCGCUACCCCAAUGAGUCGGUUCGUCAGUUCUCCAAUCGAUACGUUCGGGUGGAGAAAGACCUUGCUGCCAUUGGAGUCUCUACAUCUGGAAUGUACGACAGCGAGUCACGUGGCAACCGCCUUCUGGAAAGGACUCGACUGACACCGGACUUGCAGAGACUUGUUUUGAUUGGAGCUGGGAACACUUUGGAAUUUGAUCGGAUCCGUGAGUCACUCAAUUUUCAAUUUCCUGAUUUCCGUGCUGCUCCACAAGUGAUGGGUCACAACUCUGGCGGAUCCUCAAAAGGGAAAGGCAAAGGCACUUCAUCGACUUCAUCUACGACCUUGUCAUCAAGCCCUUCAGCAUCCUCGUCCAGUACGAGAAGUUCACUGGUCGACCUCGAAGCCUUGAAGAGCGAAAGCGGACUUCAACCUGUGCAGCAUGUGGCCAGACCGGCCAUUGGGCUGGAGAUGCCAUAUGUGCAGCCUCAGCGAAAACCAACUCCAAAGGAGCUGGCAAACAAUCGAAAGAUGGCGGAAAAGGCAACGCUUCAGGUAAGCAUCAGGGGCAAACCCACACCAAGAAGGCCUAUGUUGUCAACUUUCCUGGGGAACUACCUCUUGAAGUACCACAUUCACCUGGGGAAGUUCGGCUCAGGAGGGCUGCAUGUUGCGAGCAAGCGGGCAUAUCUCCCAGCAGCAUUACCAGGUCAGCCGACUCAGGGUUUACUGCUUGGAGUUAGUGUUUUGGAAGAUGCUCAGAUUCCUUUUUUGGCUAGCAAUGUCAUGCUUGAGAAGUUGGGAUGUGUCAUCGACACGGUACGAGAGCGUUUGCGUUUCGAGUUCAUUGGUGUUGACAUUCCACUUCAUCGAAAACAUGGUCACUAUGUUGUCAACAUUGCCAAGUUCACGCAACAUGCACACAUGUCAGAUGUUUGGAAAAUCAUGUCAACAGAUGAGUUUUUGAAAAGCCCUGAUCCUGAAGUGAUGAUCGCAGCAACUCUUGCACAAGCGAGUGAACACCCAAUUCGAGAUCCAGCUCAUGCAGCGAGUCACCAACGUCCCACCAGAAUGGCUUCAGCGCUGGCGGAACUUCAUGAUCCGCCUGAUGACGUUGUGUUUCAGGACACUGCGGAGCAUGAGCAGGAUGGUGCGACUUCGAAUGGCACCACGAUCAUGGAUGACCAUGCUGGAACAGCACAACCUGACGUUGGAGUUUCAGGCCGAGAAUGCUUCCAGACGUCGUCCAGUCCCAAGUCUUUGCACUCAUCCAAGCUUCCGAAGGUAUGGAAACAAGGCAGGACGUUUCAGCCAAUGCAACGAUUGCCUGCUGAAGUACAAGUACAAUCAAGAACGACAAGGCUGGGAGGUCUAUGGAGAGCAGCCCUCACAGCGCUCAUCACAAUUGCCACUGCCCUCUCCUUCGACCAUCCUGCCAUCAACGAAUCCGAGAGCCAUGGGGUCUCGACCCAAGGCCCGAGCAGCCAGGACAGCUUCGAGGAGCUCUAUGGCACCAUCAGAGACUAUGACACCAUGGGAGGAAGCUGGGAUGACCUUCGAGGAGUACGAUGCCGCAAUGACGAGCGCACCUCAUCUGGAUUCAGACGAACCAGACGGCUAUCCACCUUACGACGAGGGCUACGAUUGGACAUCGAUCGCCUGAACGAGGACUACUGGGAGCUUGCAGCCGGAUGCUGCAUACGGCAUCACCUGGUGCCCCGCAAUGAGCUCUUUGACCCCUACGACACAGACUGUCCAGUAGCUCUUCAUCGUCUACGACAAGUUGGCGCGGCCGAGAUUGAAUAUCAAGACGGCAAGUUGGAGGUGGUGCACUAUAAUUGGACAAGGAGAUCCAACAAGCAGACCUCUUCACCUUGGACUGGCCGCACAGUUUUCCAGUUCAAGGAGUUCAGCAAGAAUGACUUGACGAACGCCUGCAAGCGUGGUCUUCUUCAACGACUACGUCAUGCAGCGAAACUUCAAGAAGUUGAGAAGGUUUUAAUGACCAAGGUCAAACCAAGGUUUCGAAAAUCACGAGUCGACCUCCUUGAGACCUUUGCGGGGGCGGCCAACAUCAGCAAGCAGGCUUCAGCAUGGGGCCUCAAGUCUUUGGAACCGUUGGACUACAACACAGGCUAUGACCUUGCCGAACCUGACACCCAACGCCAGGUGACUUCAAUGAUUUCCAAUUACAGACCACUGCUCCUACUGCAAGGAGUCGAAUGCGGACCUUGGAGCAUCCUUCAGGACAAUACCAACUAUGUUCACCGCCCAGAUGAGCUUGCAGAAUGGCGUGAAACCAUCCGUCCUAUGAUCGAUCAGGUGGUCAAAUGGUGCGAGCAGCAGGAUGAUGAGGGCCGAUUUUGGCUCAUUGAGAACCCAGAGACAAGCAGACUUUGGAAGGAGCCUGCUAUGAGGAGAUUGCUUGCAAGACCAUCGACGAGGACGACUACAUGCCACGCUGGGGCCUAUGGAGCUGUGAACAGCAAAGGCAACAUGAUCAAGAAGCCCCACACAUUUUGGGGCAACUGCCCAAAAAUCCUCGAACAACUCGGCGACAAGCUGAAUGCCGAGGAAUGCAAACUAUGUGAACCACUUCAAGGACGAGAAACCACUUUGAGCCAACACUACUGCCAGGGCAUGGUUGAUGCGAUCCUGCUCGGGCUACAUCAGACAGCCGCAGAACAAGAUCCAAUGCGACCACAUUCCUAUGCAACCUAUGCCAUCGACUCCAACGAGGUGAACCAGUCUUUGGAGGCUUGGCAAGAACUUUUCGACAAGGCCGAGCAACUGUUCAGACAGACCAGGAUGAAGAACAUUGUGCUCGCCCAGAGCGACAACUUUUGGCAGGACGUUCGCAGAUUGGUCCCAUGGCACACCCUUGAAAGGGUACAGAUAGCAAAACAGCCUGCCAUUCAUCGAUUUCCAACACAUGUGCCUCACACUCAUCGAGGUUCGGCAUUGCUCUUCAACGACGGCUCCAGAGAUGUGACGGUUGAGGACCUGACCGACAUUCGAUAUCCCAAAGGACGAUUCCAAAAACCAGUCAACAUUGGCAUAUUCUUCUUUGGCAUGGCCCAUUCUCCUCAACAAGAACCAGAUCAACAACAGCCUCAACCUGCUUCAGUACAACCGCACAACUUCCCUGUUUUGGGAAUUAUUGAUGAAUGCACCCAUCUACACCAAGCAUGCAUCCUUGAAAGCAGACUGCCUGAAGAAGUCCUUCGGAAGUUCGUCCAGACUUGGUCUCAACCUUUUGGAUUUCCAUUAGUCUGCCGACUUGAUGCUGAUGGAAGUUUUCGAGCAGCCUUCGAAGAACAUUUGGACGCCACCGGAACAUUUGCUGACUUCGUUCCACCAGAAGCUCACCACAGAAUGGGCCUGAUCGAACGGCACAAUGCCACCUUGAGGGCCAUCGCUGAGCGCGUGAUUGAUGCGCAAGGCGUCGUGGGCUUCAAUCAGAUGGAAAUGGCCAUUGCAGGAGCCACCUUUUCAAAGAACUCAUGCACUUGGUCUUCCGGACGGCCUCCCUACAUAGCUGCUUUUGGACGGAUUCCACGACACGGGGGACUAGAUCUACUUUCAGACCAACACAGACUUGCAGUUGGAUCCACACAGGGCCAGAUGCACCAGUUGGCUGACACCUUGAGGGCCGAAGCUCAGCAGCAGAUUGCUGCGAUGACUGUGGAUUCCUCUUUUAGACGAGCUCUUUUGAGGAAAGCCAAGCCAAGCCCCGAGGAUGAGUAUGUCAUCGGCGACACUUUGGCAUACUGGAGAUGGACUACAAGAAGUGGCAAGAAACGUGGUGGCUACAAAUUAGCCAGGAUGUUGGGAUUUGACCCUGACGGCAAAUCCUUGUGGGUUCAGUCUGGAACCAACACCAUCAAGCUGGCCCGUGAACAAGCCAGGAAGGCCUAUGGUUUUGAAGCUUGGCAUCCAGACCCAUCAGAUCUUCAAGCCCUACGUAUGGCAUCUGAGAACAUCAAGAAGGGCAUUUUUGAUGACGAGACCAUUCCUAUUCAGAACGAUCCAUACCAGGAGCUUGGGAAUGAUGACCACCUCAAAGAGACCUUCCUUGAACCUGCGCCACUACCAGCUCUUCAUCCAAUUCAACAACUACAACCUGAACCUGCGCUUCAGGUGGUGCCACAUUCUUCAGAACUAUCUCAACCUUCUUCAGUACUACCUGAGCUACCUCAACAACCAGAGGCACAACAACAUACUCAGAUCAACACACAACAAGAAAUUAGCAAUCAACAUCAACAGACCAACAUCCACAUAGAAGUCGGCGACACAGCGCCAGUCACACCACCUGGCAUUAGCAAACAGGCAGGAACAGACACAGCACCAGCACCUCUAACACCGGCGAAACGACCGCUUGAAACACACACAGGGCCUAGCACACCAAGGUCGCGAACGUCCCAAGCAGCACAGCCAAACACAGAGGUGCAAGCAGAAGCAACAUCCAAGCCUGAUGCUACAACGUUUCACAAUCAGCUUGUCAAUAUGGCAGCACCAGAAUUCAAACAAGCCUACACGGCUAGCAUGACAGCACCGAAUCAGCACAGCCCACAGCACUGCAAGUUUCACCGUACAGCAACUCAAGCAUCGAUGACCUACACAACAGAAGGCAUCGAACUUAGAGACAAACACUUCGAUGGCACCGAAGAGAUCUACAUGCCACACAAGAGCAACACGUGCUUCAAAGCAUACCAGACAAAUGCAGAAUAUCAAGGUGACGGCAUCAGCGAUGACUCAGACGUAUCGCAAGAUGACAUGUCCACCUCCAAGGCACAACAACCGUCUCUUACACGACAACAACAGAAAGCCUUGGAUAAAGAACUGCCGUGGAGGACCAUCAUGGAACGUGGGGGCGACUAUCUCCAGGCAUUCAUCGACGCCGCCAAAGCUGAGGAGACAUCGUGGAUGCAGUAUGACUCCGUCGAGCCCCUCUCCAAGGCCGAGGCAGACAAGAUCAUGGCUUCAGCUGAAGGACGAAAAAGGAUCUUGAAGUCUAGGGCAGCCUUCAGAGACAAGGCAAAAGGGGCUGGCCCAGUUCGGGCCAAAUGCCGAAUUGUGGCAUUGGGUUGCCUUGAUCCAGAUCUCUACUCACUGAACAGAGACAGUGCAACGCCAACACGUCAAGCUGAGAUGAUCAUCUAUGCCAUCUUCAUCUCAGGUUACAACAAGAAGAUGGGACAAGGAGAAGUCACAUGGACACUAUGGGCAGGAGACGUCAAGACUGCCUUCCUCCAAGGAGAGCCCGAGCCGAGGCACGCUCCACUAUAUCUGUCCCCACCAAGAGAUGGUAUAUGCAUUGCAGCUGGCGUGCUACCUGCACCUCUAUACAGAAUCAAGGGAAACAUCUAUGGGUUGGCUUCAGCACCAAGAACGUGGACAAUGCAUGUCUGCCGACGCCUCAAGGAAUGUGGAUGGCAACAACAUUCACUUGACAAGAUGCUGUUCUUUUUGUACCAGCGUCCAGCCGGCUUCAAGGAAGAAAUCCUGGUCGCCGCUGCAAUUGUCUAUGUAGACGAUUUCUUAGUGACGUUCAACGAAUAUUUCAAUCACCAGGAACUCCUCCAAAUAUUCAACUGGGGUAGUCAAACCACUUUGACCACCGAGAACCACUUGGAAUUCAAGGGGCAGGAGAUUUACUUGCGCUAUGACAAGCGCGGGUUCUAUGUCCUGGAGAUUAAACAGCAGAAGUUCAUUGAGGCCUUCAAGAGCGGCAAGAUCAGUGACAAAAAGGAUGACCCUUUGAAACCCAGUGAUUUCCCAGAGUACCGUUCAGUGGCCGGAAGUUUGCAAUGGGUUUCUGGACAGACGCGUCCAGAUGUGGCAGCGACAGUAAGCUUGCACAGCAAAGGCAGUAAAGCACAGUACAGCGAUUUGCUGGCAAUGUAUGAUGCAGUUGAACAUCUGCGGAACACCAAGACCAAGGGCUUCAUUAUGAACCCCGUGAACAUUAAUCAGUCCACCAUCGUGGUCACCUACUCCGAUUCUUCAUGGGCGAAUGCGGAGAACUAUGCCUCACAGCAUGGAUGUUUGGUGCUCCUAACAGAUACGCGCGCUACUGAAGUGGCAACACAUGGUUGCCUGAUUGACUGGAAAAGCUCAAGGUCAAGCAGAGUUUGCCGUAGCACUCUGGCGGCAGAGGCAAGUGCAGCAGACACCUCAGUAGACCGAUCCAGUUUCUGCAAUUUGAUGAUCUCAGAGAUCUUGCAACGCAUGCAAUCCUUUCGAAUCACUCUUCCUCUGCGAAUGAUUCAAGUGACCGAUUGCAAAUCUCUUUACGAUUCAAUCAUAGCAGAGAAUCCGUCCGUAGAGGACAAAAGGACGAUCAUUUCAGUGCGAAGCAUUCAACAAUACAUCACUGCUGAAAAUACCCAUUGGGUACCCACACAUCUUCAGUGGGCGGACGGUCUCACGAAGUACAGCAAGAAACUGAUGACCAUUUUCCAUGAUUGGCUCCAACAUCCCUACAUUCUUCUCAGAGACCAAUCCCAAAAAUAA